GGUUGGCAGGGAAAUUAAGUAGUCUCAUUUUACAGGCAGUUGCAAAGAUAGUAUCUGCUUUCAUAGCGUGUGUUGUGUUUGUGUGCGUGCGGGCUCUGUUCCCCUUUCCCCGUGUUUGUGUGCGUUGUGCGAAAGCGUGAGAAGCAAAGCUUGGUCGUGGCAGGGGUACCCUUGAAAUGACUCGGAUUGUCACACCUCCCUGGUUUAAUGGGUCCGAUAAUCGGGAUGUCGCCGGAUAAGAAAGCGGAAACCCCGGGCGUGCAGGAGGAGAGGGCGGGGCUGAGGGGCGCGUGCGGGGCGGGGACCCUGCCAGAGGCCGAGAGCGCCGCCAGCCCCCGGGCCACCAGCCUGGACCGGGUGGGCGGGGCCGGCGCCGAGGACGAGGAGCUCACCAACCUCAACUGGCUCCACGAGAACCUGCUGCAGAACUUCACGCUGGGCGGGCCCGAGGCGCAGCCCAGCGGCAGCCCCCUCUUCGACAUCGAGGGCGACGGCGGCGCGCCCCACGCCUUCUCCUCCCUGUCCUCCGCCUCGUCCUCCUCCACCUCCCCCUCGUCGUCCUCGCUGCUGGGCGGCCGGGGCGGGGAGAAGGACUCCCUCAAGUCCAAGCCGCCAUUCUCCUUCUCCCUGCUCAUCUACAUGGCCAUCGAGCAGUCGCCCAGCAAGUCCCUGCCCGUGAAGGACAUCUACGGCUGGAUCCUGGAGCACUUCCCCUAUUUCUCCAGCGCCCCCACCGGCUGGAAGAACUCCGUGCGCCACAACCUGUCCCUCAACAAGUGCUUCCGCAAGGUGGAGAGGAGCCUGGGCAAGGCCAACGGAAAGGGCUCUCUCUGGUGCGUGGACCCCGAGUACCGGCCCAACCUGAUCCAGGCCCUGAAGAAGCAGCACCUCCCCACUGCACACGCCUUCUGCACACCUCCCGCCUCCCCGCCCAGUGCCUCUUCGCCCCCGCGUCACCUCUUCCUACCGGACCAGAGUCUCUCUCUGAAAGAGUCUGACAUUGACGCGGCCACUGCCAUGAUGCUCUUAAACUCCGCCCCCGGGCAGCGGGCCGACCCAUGCGACCCGGACAGUCCGAUGGACCUGUCCCGGCCGGACGCGGUCGUGGUGAGCAGCGACCCCAAGCAGGAUCACAACUACAGCAGCGCGCCCCUCCAGCGCUGCUCGUCCCGCUCCAGCUCCUCCUCCCUCUCCUCCCUGGAGGACGGGGGGCGGGUGCCCCCCCAGGCCCGGCGGGCCGGCAGCGAGGGCUUCCACAGCGACUCCGACUCCGACCUCGGGGAGGAGCGGGGGCGCCGGGGCCGCCCGGGCCCGCCCCGCCACCCCGCCGCCGCCGCCAGCGGGCCCCCGGGGAAGAAGGCGCGGCGCGAGGCCAAGCAGGAGGUGGACGAGGAGCUGAAGGAGGCGGCCGGCUCCCUCCUGCACCUGGCCGGCAUCCGCACCUGUCUGGAGCUCUCCAAACACAAUGCCAAGAGCAGAAAACUCAGCAGGAAAUGAGCAGCCCUGGAACCCCCGGCUCUCCCCCGGACCCCUGACCUCUGAGCCCUAACCUUGUGAUCUGGUGCCUCCUCCUGUUCUUCUGUUUAGUGAAUCAUCAUUUUCUCUUUUUUUGGGUUUGUUCUUUUUUUCCCCCAAGAUUUAUUUUCAAACACGGGAAUAUCCCUCCCCCACACACAUGGCAAUAUUAUCAUUCACACAGGAGAACAAAGCCAUAUUGAGACUUUUGCUACUGGGGAAAAAAAGAAAACUACACAAAACGAACUGCCAACUUCAAUUGGUUUUUCAUCUCGGUGCGAUUCAAAGAUUUUUUUUUUUGUAUUCAAAAGAAAAAAAGAAAAAAAUAACCUGUAAGACUUUCAUUAAAUAGAACAGUUGCAUGCUUCCUGCCCAUACACGUGUGUCCACUUCCAGGUGAAAAUAUUUCUACAGAGAAUGAGUGCAUGUCUGUAACAUACAAACCUAACCCACUGCCGUAGGCUUAGUUCAGUUUCCUCUACCAUGCUGAAAAAAAAGUGAAAAAAAAAAGUUACCACUGUUUUUUGGAUGAAGACCACGGUCUUGAAAUACCAUACAAAGAGAAAUGCAAUAAUUAUUCCAAAACCUUUCUUUUUUUUUUUUUUUUUUUUUUUUUUUGGGCGAUGGCUGUGUAUAUUUUUCCCAGCUGGGAUGCUACUGUUGGAACCAUGCGUUGGAACGUGGGGGACGAUGUUAGGAGCAUUUUGAUUGGUGGAUGAGGACCUAGGAGGCGCGAAUUAGACGUGCAGUGGUGGGGUGCUCCGCCCUCAUCCUCAGAGAGGUGAACACCCACAUCCCUUCCGUGGCAGGAGAACAUCAGGGUACUGCCACUACGAGGAGCAGAGUGGGCCUGGACAAAUCGAUGGGGUGGGGCAACUGCUCCGCCAGUAAAAAAAAAAAAAAAAAAGAACCCUACCCCCCCAUCCAGGAGCAUCCCCUCCUGGGAACCGACCUGCUCUUUGUCCCACUCCCCCCUCUUCCUCCUCUUCUUCCUGUAGUCGUCGUCAUCAUCACUGUUGUUUUGAUUCAUUUCCUCUGUUUUCGUGUGCAAACUGAAACCGGGAUUUGCAGCAGGCUUUUAUUUGGGUUUCUGUUCCGAUCCUAUGCAAGGUGCAGCACAGCGGUGGUGGUGGUGGGUGUGGUGGCUCUUUCGUGUCCAAACACUGCAUGCGUGAGUAACCUUUGUGACCCCCAAACCCCCCCCCCAUGGUGCAUGUGUGAGGUCACGCCUGUGAUUCUGGCGUCUGUUUGGGUGCGUGAGCUGGGUACCGCCGGUCUGUCGAAUAGGAAGCAGAGAGAACCGGUCAGGCAGGAAGCAGGGCAAGAGGAAGGGCGAGAGUCGAAGAGCAGCAGAUGGAGACGCUGAAACGGGCCGCGACCGAGCAUGCGCGUUGCCCCGGCUGCCGAUAACGAGGCCGUGCGCUGUCUGAACACCGAGGGGAAGUUUGCGGUCUGGAAUAUCAGGAAACCUCAAACGGAAAAAAAACUGCUGUUUUAGUGUUCCGCUGAGCUGAGAAACCGGCGUGCAUUUGUUAGCAGAGGAGAAAAAAAAUAUGCAAAUAUUCAGAAUGGCUGCUGGGCGUCUGCUCUUUUCCUAGGGAAAUUAGACAUGAGAAGGAGUGGUCCUCCGCACAUUGUUCAUCGUGCCAUUUUCCUCUUAAUAUCGCCACUCGCUGCUCCACUCUUAAUCUUACAGUCCUCUGUAGUACAGCUAGCGUGUGGUAAUAUUCACAUGUAAAAAUGUUAGAAAAUAGAACUGUGGAGCUGAUCCAGCACAAACUACAUUUAAAGGGGCGAGUGUAGUAGAGCCAGACAGAUGAGCAGCACUUCCCUAUCUAGAAGUCUUUCGUCAGAGCUCGUCAGCUGACCUUGCUGAUUGUGUCCCUGUGGCCUGUGGCCAUUUCCCAUGUUUUGGAGGAAACGAGAGCAGCAGAGGAAAGAAAAAAAAAAAAAAACAGAAAUGGGGAAAAAAUGCGUGACAUGUAGCGAGCGGGCUGGAGAACAAUGUGUUCAUCAACAGCCCGUGGUUUACUGUCCGCGGAACGCAGCGUGAAUUGGAGGAAGUCACAGAGCUGGUGGGGACAUUGUGGAUAGGAGAGCC